UCUCUCUCUCUCUAUCUCUCUCUCUCUCUGUAUGUGUGUGGCUGGUUUGAUUCGAGGGUUUUGAAUAUCCUUGGAUUUUGUAACUGGAUCCUGUAGAUUCACGGGUUCUGCAAGUGGGUUUUCAAAAUCUAGUCAAACCGUUCGGAAUCCAGCUCGAAAGUCUCGACAAUUCAGACGCAGGUGGAAGAAAUGAAUAGAUUCUUCCAUUGAUGUCUCUGCUAAAAUCUGCAACUGGGUUUUGAAGAUUUACAGAUUUUGAAAUUGGGUCCUUGAAAUCUCCUAGCACUGUUCCAAAUCGAGCUCGGAGAAAAUCGAACAGAAUUUUGAACUGAUUUCCUGGUUAAAAUCGAACAGAUUUUUGAACUGAUUUCCUGGUUUUUCAAUUUACGUCGAUUCUGAAGCUGGGUCUUGUAGAUUCGAGGUUUCAGCAAGUGGGUUUUUGAAAUAUCUACAAACUGUUUGAAAUCUAGCUCGAAAUGCAUGAAUUCAGAACCCCGCGUAAGAAAAUGAAAAGGUUUUAUAAUUGAUCGCAAUCAUAAAUCGCUUGUUUUCUGCGGAAUGGAAGAGAAAAGCGGAGUGAGGACGGGAUUGAUUGGUACAGAAGAAGAGAAGCUGCGUCGCCGAAGAUUCUCGUUCUGGCCCGCCCCCACGAAUCGCCCUCCUGGUUUCGAUCCUCGUUUGAGAUUUUUCUGUUGCGGUUCUUAAAAGAUUGAUUGCAGAGAUGUGUUCUUAUCCUGGUGAUUUUGGGAUUGUUUACAGCAACGAACUUUCAAGAUAUUUCAGUGGGUUUCCACAGAAUGUUGGGUUUCGGAGUACGGGGCGAGGUGGGCUUUCAUCGUCAUCCUCCUCAUUAAUUUUGGAUGGUGAGAGGGGGGAACUAGUGAAAGCUCCGGCGAAUUUGAUGCAGAAAGGGAUUGCGGAGGCAAAGGCAAAGGCAGCUUUGAAAAGCCAUAGCGAGGCAGAGAGGAGACGGAGAGAGAGGAUCAAUGCUCAUCUCGCGACGCUGAGGAGCCUUGUGCCAAGCACUGAUAAGGUUCAGAUGGACAAAGCUUCAUUGCUUGCUGAAGUGAUCAACCACGUGAAGGAACUGAAAAGGCAUGCUACUGACUCUAGUAAAGGGCAUGUCGUCCCAAUGGAUGUUGAUGAAGUGAGAGUAGAACCUGAUGGGGAUGGAAUCAAUGAAGGAAGCUUUUCCAUAAAGGCAUCUCUUUGUUGCGAAGAUCGACCGGAACUUUUAUCUGACUUGAAACAAACACUACAGGCCCUUCGUCUGAAGACGGUGAAGGCAGAGAUUUCAACCCUGGGAGGCAGGGUAAAGAAUGUUUUUGUUAUGAGAUUUGAAGGGAAUGCCAACGACAUCCAACGGCGAAUGUUUGCAAAUUCCAUUCACCAGGCCUUGAAGGCCGUUCUGGAUAGAGUUUCGUCACCAGAGUUCUCUCCAAGGACACCGCCUUCUAACAAAAGGCGGAGGAUGUCACUGUUUGAUUUUUCGAGUUCCUCUUAAUGAGAGUUGCUGUCUUCUUUAUUGCUGAGAUGUAUGCUGUUGUAGUAUUUCCACUUUAUGUUUGUGGAAUUAUAUGAUCACAGUUAGUUUCACUUUGUCUAAGUGGGGUCCAUGGUCAAUGAUCUGGACCAUUGGUCUGUUAAUCCCCACACUUGAUGGACCAUUCUCUGAAAGUCUUUCUAUAGAUGCUGAAGUUAGAGAAAUGCAGCAGUACUCCACCCUGAACUUUAGAAAGGCCCAAGAUUGGUGGCUAGGUUCUCUGAUACCGAAGAUUUUCUGGGCAUGGCCCAUUUGCAGUGGGGCACAAUAGACCGAUGCUCUGAAUCAUUGAAUCAUUGACCCCACUUUUAGAAACUGAAAAUCUGAGUAUACUCUUCAUGUCCUUGGGUUGAGGGAUCAUAUAAAUCCUUACAUAAUGUAUAGGCAAUCUGAUAUAUACACAUGCCAUGACAGUCAUAGAGUCCUGUUCCUCGAUGUCUGCAUCCGAAGCUGUAAAAGAAUGCAGGCGCUUACUUGUAAACUAGCAAAAACUUGUUUCAUUUCAAUUCCAUACGUUGUCAUUGAGAAGGUCUGUAGCCGCUUCUGAUUUAAAAGUGUGGAGAGCUAGUGCGGUGUGAAGUCUUCCCAGCGUCUGCAGAGCUUACCUCCACAGAGAAAAUAAAAUGGAGUAGUUCGUGGAAAAGAGGUGAGAAGGAUCUAUCAGCUAUCUGCUUGUAUCUCUUAUGUGUAAUUUGAACUUGUAGUACAUCUUUGGUAACAUUUUCUGUCAGUAAAAAUCUUGCAUCUCUUGUUUUGUGUAUAUAAUUUCCUCGUGUAGUGCAUCUGUUUUAAUUUAUGAGAAUUCCUGUUUGGUUACCAA